AUGGCGCUGCGGGCCGGGCCCGGAGCGGGGGGCGGCGGCGGGGCGCCGGGGGGCGGCGGGGCGCCGGGAGGCGCGGGGGGAGCCAGCUUCAUGUUUCCUGUUGCUGGUGGUUUGGGCCCCCCUCAAGGGAUGAUUCCUAUGCAACAGCAAGGAUUUCCGAUGGUUCCUGUCAUGCAGUCCAACAUGCCAGGCAUGAUGGGAAUGAAUUACGGGUCCCAGAUGCCUCCCGGACCUAUGGCCAUGCAGGGGGGCAUGCCCUUGGGUCCGAUGCCGGCAGCUGGAAUGCCUUACAUGGGCCAGGCUUCUUUCCUGGGAAUGCGCCCAGCAGCCCCGCAGUACACCCCUGACAUGCAGAAGCAGUUUGCAGAAGAACAACAAAAGAGGUUUGAGCAUCAGCAGAAGUUCUUAGAAGAAGAACGAAAACGGCGCCAGUUUGAAGAGCAGAAGCAGAAGUUGAGGCUCCUGAGCAGUGUGAAGCCUAAGGCAGGUGAAAAAAGCAGGGAUGAUGCAUUGGAAGCCAUUAAAGGAAAUCUAGAUGGUUUUUCUAGAGAUGCUAAGAUGCACCCGACACCAGCAUCACAUCCAAAAAAGCCAGAUCAUCCCACAUCAUCCCAUUCUGCUGUAUCUGUUUCCCACUCUGCUUUUCUCGAUGAUGAAGAAUUUAGUGACUUUAUACAAGGGCCUGUUGAAAUCCCCAAACUGGUGCCUCAGCCUGCCUCCCAGCCUUUUCAGCCUUUCCAUUCUGGUACUGAGGCUGGGCAACUGCUUUCAGAAAAGGCUGUGGGUCAGCCUCUCCCUCCAGCCCAGACUCCAGUGUUAUCCAUCCUGCAUGGUACACUUGGGCAGGUUCCUUAUUUUCCUACCUCUGCAUCUUCACCCAAUAUCCAUAAAACAGGCUCUUCCUUGGAGGAGAAAGUCUUAGAUAAUGGCUCAAAUGAAUCUGAACAAGAGCAAACCAAACUUAAAACAUCUGAAGUUGGGCACAAAGCCUCAGCUGCGAGACAAGUUCGCCCCAGUCUAGCCAUCAAUGACUGGGAUGCUGUAGGUGGACACGAAAGUGGUAGCACUGCUGCAGAGGCGCACAAGGCUUCAGAACAAAACAUAGCAGUUGAAGAGUGUGGAGUUGGAGUAUUCCCUUCACAGGACCCAAUUCAGCAAAUGUUGCCUCCUUGGAUUUACAACGAUAGUUUGGUCCCAGAGUUGUAUAAGAAAAUUUUAGAAACCACUUUGACUCCUGCUGGAAUAGAUACAGCCAAGCUGUAUCCCAUCCUGAUGUCAUCUGGAUUGCCCAGAGAGACUCUAGGACAAAUAUGGGCUUUAGCCAACCGCACCACCCCUGGGAAGCUCACGAAGGAAGAGCUGUACUCUGUCCUGGCUAUGAUAGCAGUAACACAGAGAGGAAUACCUGCAGUGAGUCCUGAUGUGUUAAACCAGUUUCCAGCUGCCCCUGUCCCCACUUUAACUGGAUUUCCAAUGUCGCUGCCUGCCACAGUAAGCCAGCAGCCUCUGAUGCCCUCUGGACCACCUGUCUCCAUGCCUCUUAGCAUUGGACCAGCUGUGAUAGGAAUGAACAUAACGGCACCAGCGGGUGGAGCUGCAGCACAGCCUUCGGGAGCUUUCAUGCCAUCCUACCCGCCAAGUCAGGUAGUAAAACCAGAAGAUGAUGACUUCCAAGAGUUUCAAGAUGCUUCAAAGUCUGGCUCACUAGAUGAAACUUUCACUGAUUUCCAAGGGGAUGGAGCUGGCUCCUCCAAAGCAACCAGUUCACAGCACCGGAGCAGUGUUCCUUCUUUACUAAUGCCACUCCCAGGUAAUAAGACACUCUCAUCAACUGAUAAGUAUGCUGUGUUUAAAGGAAUUGCAGCUGAGAAGCCUGAAAGUACAGCUACUUUUGGAGAUUGUGGGGACAAGUAUAGUGCUUUCCGUGAAUUAGAACAACCAUCAGAGACCAAAUACAUAGGAGAUAACCUUGCAGAAUUCAAGUCUGCAGGAACUGAUGAUGGCUUCACAGAUUUUAAAACCGCCGACAGUAUCCCGCCAUUAGAGCCACCUACAAAAGACAAAACUUUCCCUACAUCCUUCCCUUCUUUACCCAUUCAGUCAAAACAGCAAACACAAGCUAAGCCCUCUUUGAAUCUAGCAGACUUGGAUCUUUUUUCCUCUACUGGAGAAAACAAGCAGCUCUCCUUUCCACCUGCAUUUAAUGCGUCGAAAUCAUCCUCCUUUCCUCCACCACCACUUCCAUCUACCACUGCCCAGCCAGCACCUAGCAAAAGUUCGAGCUUAGCUGAUGAGUUUGGAGAGUUCAACCUUUUUGGGGAAUUUUCUAAUUGCACAUCAGCCAGUGGACAAGAUGACUUUGCAGAUUUUAUGGCUUUCAACAACAGCAGUGGAUUUUCUGAACAAAAACCAGACGACAAAUACAAUGCACUUAAGCUAGAGGCCAGCCCUGUUCCUCAGCCCGGCUCAUCUGCCAGCACGGUGAAGAGUGGGCAGAAUUCAGCCACCACUGCUACGCCCACCAAAUACGAUAUCUUCAAACAGCUUUCUCUGGAAGGCUCUGGAGCAGGCUUUGAGGAGGGGAAGGACAACACGCUUUCCUCAGUGAAGAGCGACGAUGAUUUUGCUGACUUUCACUCUAACAAGUUUUCUUCCACAUGCAGCAGCACAGAUAAGUCCCUGGUGGACAAAGUCGCAGCUUUCAAGCAGGCCAAAGAAGACUCUGCUUCAGUGAAGUCUCUGGAUCUCCCGUCUAUUGGCGGCAGCAGUGUUGGCAAGGAGGAUUCUGAAGAUGCGUUGUCUGUUCAGUUUGACAUGAAACUGGCUGAUGUGGGAGGAGAUCUUAAGCAUGUCAUGUCUGAUAGCUCUUUGGAUUUGCCAACAGUUAGUGGCCAGCAUCCACCAGCAGCAGAUAUAGAUGACUUAAAAUGUGCCCCCUUUGGAAGCUAUAACAGUGGGUCUGCAGUCAGCAGCCUGGCAAGCUACGACUGGUCCGACAAAGAAGACAUUCACCAGGGCAAGAAGUUCUCCUCCUUUGUCCAGGCUUCGGGAAGCGGAUCCUCUGCAGCUACCUCUGUUCUUCAGAAGAAGGAGACUUUGUUUGGCAGUUCAGAAAACAUUACCAUGACAACCGUUUCCAAAGUGACAACCUUUUCUAGUGAGGAUGCUUUGCAGGAUGUUUCGUUUGCAGCCUUUGCAAACUUUAAGGACUCUGGACCAAUAUCCGGCGGUCCAAGUGAUGAUGACAUUGGAGACUUUGGUGAUUUUGCAAGACCUUCAUCAGAAGCGCAGGAUGCAGCAGCCGACACAAGUCAAGAGGCAGACUUCCUUGCUAGCGGUAUCUCUUCUGAAAUGCGCAGGGAGUCCACAGAUGACUUUGGAGAAUUCCAAAGUGAAAAGCCAAAAAUCAGCAAAUUUGACUUCUUGGUGGCAACUUCCCAAGGCAAGAUGAAAUCUAGUGAAGAAAUGAUCAAGAGUGAGCUGGCUACCUUUGACCUGUCUGUUCAAGGGUCUCAUAAAAGGAGCUUAAGCCUAGGUGACAGAGAAAUAAGCCGCUCUUCACCUUUACCGGUUUUGGAGCAGCCGUUUAGAGAUCGUUCAAACACCCUCAGUGAGAAGCCUGCCUUGCCUGUCAUCAGAGACAAAUACAAAGACCUGACCGGGGAAGUUGAGGAAAGUGAGAGAUACGCGUAUGAAUGGCAAAGAUGCUUGGAGAGUGCCCUGCAAGUCAUAAAGAAAGCAAAUGAUACCUUAAAUGGAAUAAGCAGUUCAUCUGUUUGCACUGAAGUUAUCCAGUCUGCUCAAGGCAUGGAAUAUUUACUAGGGGUUGUUGAAGUCUAUAGAGUAACAAAGAGAGUUGAACUGGGUAUCAAAGCAACGGCUGUCUGUAGCGAGAAACUCCAACAGCUGCUGAAGGAUAUUGAUAAAGUAUGGAACAACCUAAUAAGCUUCAUGUCACUUGCUGCUUUAACGCCAGAUGAAAACUCACUGGAUUUCUCUUCUUGUAUGCUGCGUCCAGGGAUUAAAAAUGCCCAAGAUCUUGCCUGUGGAGUGUGCCUCCUAAAUGUGGAUUCAAGAAGUAAAAAAGAAGAGAAACCUGUGGAAGAGCUUCCUAGAAAAGCCUUUAAUUCAGAAACGGAUAAUUUUAAGCUGGCAUAUGGAGGGCACCAAUACCAUGCCAGCUGUGCAAACUUCUGGAUCAACUGCGUGGAGCCAAAGCCUCCGGGUCUCAUUUUGCCUGACCUGCUCUGAAAGCAGUCGCACUGAAGCAGUGGAUUAAAGCCACUCUCGUAUAUGGAAGUUCCCCGUGAAGAAUUGUACUUGAAAUGGCUGGGGUUUCAGAAAUAACAAGAAAAAAAAGGUGGAGUGGCACAAAAUGUGGCGUUUCUUUCUCGAUAUGAAAGCGGGUAGGUCUUUGUGAAACAAACAAACAAAAAACCAGUCUUCUGUCCAAGUGUACAGACCUCUGUGAGAGGACAGUACCUAGUUUCCAAGACAAACUGAAAUGCUAGACUGAUUUGCAUGGAAGUGACACUUAAAGACUUGAAGUACAUAUUUGCAAACAAAUCUUUUCUUAAUGUUUUGGGUGUCUGGAUCAUGAUAUUUUUCUUUAAAUAUUUGCUGCUAUAUUAUUACAAUGCAUACAAUGCACAUGUCAUGGUAACUUCCAAGGCAAAAUGAAUUACUGACUUGGAAGGAAUUAGACUGUAGAGAGCCACUGUUUAUUUAAAUUUUCACUAUUCUGAAUUGUAAAUUAUUAUAAAGUAUUCAUAUGCUUAACUGGUUAGUACUGGGGGUUAAGAACUUGGAAAAAUUGUUUAAAUUUUCUCUACCAUAUCUGGACUCUUUAGUACGGGCAACUGGAUUUUAAAGCUUGCAAUCUUUGCUGUUCUAUUGUAAAUACUGGCUAAUAUCUGCUCUUGGACUUGUCCUGAACUACAGGUGUGGUUUGUUACGUUUCUCCUGACACUUUGGUAGUUGUGUGGCUGCAUCACUGUUGAAAACUGGACUCCACUGAUACUGCGUGUCUGCUCCUGUACAUAUUCCCUUUUUUGUGUGUUACCUGCUUCCCCUGAUGGGAUGCAUGCAUGUAACUUGUGCAAUCCAGUGCUACCUGUGAUAAUGUGUUUUCCUGACUCAGAACUGGCAGUACGAGGUGGCCCUUAGCUCCUACUGCAGGUGGGUGUGAUCCAACACUGAAAGUUGGGCUUAAGCAGACUGCUUUUUGAAGCCGGCUGCUGCCAAUCUACCAUUUUGUUGCUUAUGGUAGGUACACCUAUCGAAUAGGAAGAGAUUAGUAUAAUAGACUAUCACAAAGUGUUGCCCAUAAAUUUAAAGUAACCACUUCUUUCUUUCAAUAUGAUGACAGUGCCAUCAGCUGCAGUGAUAGUUACAGAAUUUUAAACCCACUGGGAGCUUCGUGGCAUUAUUUUAAGAGCCUUACCACUAUACAUCCUAUUCAGUUUGCUUCAUUCUUUGAUUUCAGUUUCUCAGUUCUCUAGAAAAUCUCUUUUCUCCAAAGAUAUCAACAGCUUUUCCAAGCUACUCUUGCCUUCAUUGAGAGUAGCUGAUGUUGACAAGAAAUUAUUUACUGAAAUUGAAAUUACAAAGAGGAAAAUUGUUGUCUCUUUGGAAGAGGACAAGGUCAGGGAACACUUGAGCAAACUGGACAAUCGCAAGCCCAUGGGCUGUGAUGCGAGGCACCCACAAACCCAGAAGGAGCUGGCAGAUGUGACUGCAAGGCCACUCUCUAUAAUCUUUUCUUGGGCUGACAAACAUCUCAUGGAGUUCAGCAGAACAGGACCUGGGGGUCCUGGCGGACACCAAACUGAACACGAGUCAGCAACGUGCCCUUGCUGCCAAGAAGGCCAGUGGUAUUCUUGGAUGCAUUAGGCAAAGCAUCGCCAGCAGGUCAGGAGAGGUGGUCGUUCCCCUCUGCUCAGCAUUGCUGAGGCGUCACCUGGAGCACUGUGCCCAGGUCUGGGUCCCCAGUACAAGAGAGACCUGGACAUACUGGAAAGAGCCCGGUGGAGGGCCACCAAGAUGCUCAAGGGACCGGAGCACCUCUCCUGUUAUGAGAGGCUGGGAGCUGGGGCUGUUCAGCCUGGAGAAGAGGGGGCUCGGGGGGGAUCUCAUCCAUGCCUAUAAACACUCGCAGGGAGGAUGCGAAGGGGACGGAGCCAGGCUCUGUUCAGUGGUGCCCAGUGCCUGGACAAGAAGCAAUGGGCACAAACGAACACAGGAGGAUCUGUCCGAGCAUCAGGAAACACUUUGUGCAGGUGUCACAGCCCCAGCACAGCCUGCCCGAGGGGCUGGGGGCUCCUCUGGGAGAGCUCCAGCAGACUGGACGUGGGGCUGGGUCCCCUGCCGGGGGGGGGCCGUGCUGGGGCUGGGGUGGCACCAGAGGGACCUUGCAAUCCCUGCCAGCCUCAACCAGUCUGUGAUAUAAAAAAAAUAAGUCUUAGCUAUACUAAGCUAUUAAUUAUGCCAAAUUAAAGAAUCUUGGCUAAUAAGAGUGUUAGGUGUCCGGCCCCUUAUUUACCCAAAUUAAAAUAAAUCUUCCUGCUGCCUGAAAUUAUCUUAUUCAUAAACUCAGCAACUUGUGCCUCCAGUUGCAAGCUCAAGCUAAUCAAGUGGCAGAUUUUCAGUAGUGAGGCAAUGACUGCUUGCCUUCUGCUGCCCAGUAAUUAUCAGAAAAGGAGAGAAAAAAAAAAAAAGCAGUCAGUCUUUGCUUGCUCUCUGAUUCAUUUAUUAGGUGUGAAAUAGUUACAGUAGCCUGCACCAUAGCUGUUGACCACGUACAUUGUUUUCCCUCAUAACUGGGGGCUGCUGGGUACCAGUGGAAGGGUCCCCACUGAUGUCCGGGGUCUGUGCAGCACAGUAAGCGAGCGCUUGCCUUUGCAUACUGAGCUACAGAAGCACUUAAGCAUUGUCUGGCUUCAAGCAAAUGCCUCGCCUUGCUGCUAGCAAGGGGACUUGUCGAGUGGUUUUUGUAUCUGGCUGACACAAAGGCUGUUGCUUAUGAAAAUGCUAUAUUGGGAAAAGGGAAUGUAUUGUUAGCACGGGCUUCCACCACAGUUCCUGAACACUUAACUGGAUACGUGUUCUUUUCUAAUUAAAAGAGAAUGUCACAAAAAAAAAAAGGCCACAACGUGAAACUAAAAGCAACCAAUAUUUCAAAAGCAGUAUGAGAUGUACUGUCAUAAAAGCCUUUUUCAGUGAUGUUUUUCUUGUCACAUACUUACGAAGCAAGUAAGUUCCCUCUCUAAGACGUAGCCAGCGUGUCUUUUGGCCCAUAAAAGUAAGGAAUCGACAUUUACAAUUAUAAUUGCAGCAGGGCUUACUGAAGUAUGACACUGCUAGUCACUUGCUCCCUACAGAAGGGAGAGCAGCAGGCAAUAUUAAUGUGUUCGUGGCAAGCAGAAACCGUUGUUCUGAACACCUUUACGUCAUGGGAAUACAUCAAAUGUUUUACAUGCAGAUCCCCUUGAUAAAGGCGUUGCACAACGAGGAUCGUUUCACUCUCAUACCCCAGUCAUUAAAAUGACUCACUGUUGCAUUCAGCAUCUCCUCAGACAUUGCACUGCUAGCCAAAGCCCGGUGUCCUUGCAAUCUGUAUCCAAGGUUACAAUAUUUUCUACAGUGCAUUGUAACAGACCAUGCUCCCCUGCCUCCUUUGCAUACAGGCUAAUGGGCGUGCUGCCUUCUGCUUUGGUUGUGCUGAAUUUUAUAAAUAUAGCUCCUUUUGCUGGAUGUACUCUUUCACUAGGGAAGAAAGAGAAACCUGGUUUUCUUCUUCCUUUUUUUUUUAAUGUGUGUGUUCUCUGGAGCUGCCUUGGGAUUACCUAUGAAAAGUGAUUUUUCUAUAUAUUUGUGUAUAUUUGGAGUUGUAAGAGAUUAUUCCUUUGGUUGAUUUAAUUUAUAUCAUUUUGCCCGGUUGUAUUCCUGCUGCUUCUGUGCUAUCUUAGUGCAUUUUAGCUUUUCCUCGGUGGCAGGAGCUCUAGGGAGCAACCCAACUGUUCAAGCCUGUGUCCUGCCCAUCCGCUGUCACGUUUUGUUUCGAGUACCUUCGCGAGCUUGUUGACCUGUAUUUGCUGUGUAGCAGCUGGGAGGUUAUUUGUGGCGUGGGAAUUGUUACGUCCUGCUCUUGAACAUUCCUCUGAAUUUUCGUCUCUGGCAGCAGCUUCCCUUCACCUGGGUUUGCUUUCAGCAGCUCCUUGAGAGCGGUGCAGCAGAAACGAGGGGAGAGUGGAGCUCGAUAAAACCCAACGAAUGCUGUUUUCUAGUUAGCUUCAUGUCAGAUUAAUUAAACUUGAAACAAAAACUGCCUUUUCAAUAAAAGCUGCUA